ACGAGUGUUUGAUCGAUCGGAAGGCAUCAGACGACUAACGUUCAUUCCUCCGUUUUUGGCUUCCUUGGUCGCUUUUUGCCUCCCCCUCCCGUACAGCCUGCUGUUCACUGUGAGGAAUUUGCUUCGUGUGAAAUUAAAGGCGCCAGAUUUACCGAGCCCGACUGCACAAAGUUGAUAGGCAAGCUAGCUAGCUGCUAACUCCUAGCUAGCUCUCUUGCUAACUAGCUUGCAGUGCUAGUCGGGGGACCAUUUUCGCAGGGGCGUUGUUUUUUUUUGUCACUUCACUGAAGCUGGUUGCGGUUACAUCUCCUGCCACCUGAAGGGUAUCCACGCUGAGGUUCUGAGUGGUUGUUACUGGCUAGCGUGCUCGUCGUAGGCUGCUAGCGGAUACCUUGCGUAUUUAGCCUGGAAGCUAAUUGAAGGCCUCAGUCCGACAGCAGCUGCCUCCACCACCAGAGUGUUUGCAUAGCCGUGCAGUGGGAGCUGACAGCUUACUUGGUGACACAGAGACUUCUCCCUGAGGAGCCAAGAAGCAGACGGCUCAUGACUUCUGACCAGGACACAAAAGUUGUAGCUGAACCACAGGUGCAGCAAGUUCAAGAGGCAAAAGAGAACUCUCAUUUGGAAUCCGCCAAGGUUUCAGACCUCAACCCCAAUGCGAAAGCAUGGGCCAACCACAUGUUUAGCCUUGACCCCAGCAGGAGUGCUGACACCACGACUGCUGCCCUGCAGCCAUGGAAGGAAGGCUGCGAUAGUUUGGCCGACCCCGGCCCAGAAGGCUAUGAAGCCAGUGAAGACAAGGCUUACAAGGAGCCCCUACUAACCGACCCAGAUGAGCCUCCACCGGUCUCAGUAAUGCUGGCUGAGCCGGCCCCCGUGGUCCCCGCCACCCUGGAGUGCUCCGAGCCAGCCUACACGGAGUACUCAGAGUCCGGGCAACCAGGGCGCACAGGCAGUGAUCCCCAGCAGGAGAACCCUCAGGAGGGCUUGAGGGAACACCUGAAGAAGACCCUGGAGUUUUGUCUUUCCAGGGAGAAUCUGGCCAGUGACAUGUACCUCAUUUCCCAGAUGGACAGCGACCAAUAUGUGCCAAUUGUGACAGUGGCCAACCUGGACCAUGUCAAAAAGCUCAGCACAGACGUGGAGCUGAUCGUGGACAUUUUACGAUCUCUGCCGUUGGUUCAAGUGGAUGAGAAGGGGGAGAAGGUGCGACCCAAUCAGAACCGAUGCAUCGUUAUUCUCAGAGAGGUUCCUGAGAGCACACCGAUAGAGGAGGUCGAGGCUCUUUUUAAAGGGGACAACUUACCGAAGUUCAUCAACUGUGAAUUUUCCUACAAUGACAACUGGUUCAUCACCUUUGAAUCAGAAGCAGACGCACAGCAGGCAUAUCAGUAUCUUCGUGAGGAGAUCAAGACCUUCCAAGGGAAGCCUAUUAAGGCGAGGAUAAAGGCGAAGGCAAUCGCUAUCAACACUUUCAUGCCAAAGAACGGAUACCGGCCGGUGGAGGUAAACCCGUACGCCCAGCAGCGCUACACGUCUUACUAUAUCCCGCCGGUUUACAGCCCACAGCAGCAGUUCCCCUUAUACAGCCUCAUCACGCCGCAGGCCUGGUCCGCCACACACAGCUUCAUCGACCCCACACUGGUUGCACCAUUUCACAACAACCAGUUCAUCAAUGGAUUUACUACGUCACACAGCUUCAAACCAGCGUCGUCGCCACUCACCGUCAGACACUACUCACCCAGGAACAGGAAUCACAGUAAACCUCACCUGAGGCCGACUGUCCCGACAGCGGACCGAAGCACCGGGCUCCUCGACAACCCGGGACUCUUUCCCAGCUUCCCCAGCGAGAGGCUCAAUGGCGUCCGCAGCAGUCCGCCGAUGAGACUCCCCACCAGCCAGCCCAGAACCAGGUUACCUUCCACAGCAGCCUUCCCACGCAGGGACACGGUGGGCACGGGGCGAGUGGCCGAGCCCACUACCACAGACUACUCUCUGGGUAUUGGCAGAGGAAGGAAAAAUGUUUCUGCUUCUAGGAAAAAGAGGGACGAAAAGUUUACAAGAGUGACGCCUCAGUCACCGCCGCCUCCUCCCAAACCCCCGUCCCCGAGCUUCGAGCUGGGUCUCUCCAGCUUCCCACCCCUGCCCGGAGCAGCCGGCCAGCUCAAAACUGACGACGUGUUCGACAACCGGCUAGCCACCAGCGCCGUCGGAACCACCAAGGAACGGAAUGUAAGUGCUGAUUCCAGCACCGGAGGAGCUCUCUCUCCAGCGGGCCCCAAAGAGCCGCUUCGGUCCUCCACCUCCCCAAUGCCCACAAGCUUCCAACCCUCACCGCCAGCCUCGACCCCAGCCUCAGCGACGACCGUGACCCCCUCCACCGGCCCACCACACAGUCCUGCUCCCUCCCUCCCAGCAACGGAGGUGAAGGCGACGGAGGCAAAGCCGAAGGAGGUGCAGUUAUCUGUGGAGCGAGUUCCUGGGACGCUGUCUACUGCAAGCAAAUCUGUGCAAGUCAACGGUGCUGCUACGGAGUUGAGGAAGCCCUCCUACGCUGAGAUCUGCCAGCGGGUGAAGGAUGCCCCGACAUUACAGCAGCCACUCACCCCCAAGGAAGCCAAGCCAGCCUGCUCCACGCCCGCAGGCGAGGAGCGGAAGUGCCCUGACGCCUCCGCCUCUGCAGGGGAGGCAAAGGCCAGAGAGACAUACCCCCCCUCCUCCUCCAAAGCCGGCUCUGCGGCCAUCGCCCCGGGCAGACCCUCAAGAGAGGCCCGAAGGCCAGCCGGGCGGUGGGCCUCACCGCCGCCACCACACCCAGGGAAAACCCCAAGCAAAGAUCCCCACCACACCCCGCCCAAAUCUCCGCAGUAGGGCGACCUCUCCUAUAGCCACGCUCCGCAGAUGCGUUUAAAAAAGGAAAUAAAGUCAGGGCUACUCAAUACUUGGAUCCCAGAAUCAGCAGUCACAAACGAGCAUUGAGGACGCCUUCUUCUCUGGAUCAGGGCUUGCAGACAAAAAGCACUUUACUGUGCAUGUAGAGCACCGUUUCAUUCUUUUAUUCUAUUUAUUUGCUUUUUUAUUUUCUGUUUUACUUAUUUUCUCUUUUUCGCAUUACGUAGUUGUGUCAGCCUGUGAGUUGGCACAGACAACACUGAAAUUUAUUCAUUCUGUCCAAAUGGCCUUGUGGGAUUAAAUUAGUCGAGUGUUUGUGUGCACAGCAGCAGCAGCAGCAGGGCAUUGUCUGAAGCCCCCCCCCCCCAGUGGAUGAUGGGAAGGAGCGGGUAAAACAGACUCCACUUUUGUUGGCUCUCAUAGUGAGGGGUUUGUCUGCAUAUUAAGUGGCACUCAGUACGUUUACAUGCAGUCAGAAAAAGUCGACUUACUGUGUUAGUUUGCUGACAUCAUCCUAAAGUCGGACUUAAAUAAUGUGGUUUGAGAGUGAUAGAUUUUUGCAUGUUUACACCUCAGUUGAAGCCAAAAUAAGGCAAGCAUAGCUGCAGUGGCUCCAUAAGCCAGAGCAGCAUUGUGCAGAGUAUUAGCACCUAAAAUAGAGCAUAAAGAAUGCACAAAGUGUACAAAACUGUUUAACCAGUUAGCUGCUUGCUGUCUUUUUAGCAAAUUUAACUGGAAGGUGAUCCUGUCAUAACCAGCUGAAAGGGGUCAUUACAGCAUACUUCCAUCAAUAGUCCAGUUAAACAAACUCUAACCGUAGCUUGUCUUUACUGUGCAUGUAAACGUACUGACUGCUGUGCAGCUUUAUGUAGCCUAAUUAAGGGUCAUAAUGUGUUUCUAAUUCAUCUUCACAUCCAUAUGCAAGAUCUCACAGCCAGAUCUCAUCAGAAGACUUGGAUCAUUUGGUUUACAUCAUCUCAAAGAUUGUUUUUGUACAGAACAUGACUUUUUGCUUGGCAUUGUUUUUCUACUAUCAUCGCUGAGGCUGUCGUUUUCUUCCUCUGAUCAUUUUCUCUUUAAAGAGUCAAACUCUGCUGUUAGCUAACCUGAUAGCUGUAGUGUAUAGCCUGUUUCUGAGGGCUCAUGGGAGAUUUAAGUGUCUGACAGGUGGCUAUGUGGAUGACCACAAGCAAAACUUGUGCUUCAGGACUUUUUGGGCAUGGAGGCGCUUGAUGAUGGCGGGUAGGCGCCAGUACAUUUGAAGUUUCUAGAAGUCAGUUUAAGAGGAGUUCUGCUAUUUUUAAAUCUUGGCCCUGUUUUUGCAUAUUAUGUUUACAUGAAAACAGAUUUUUGUUUCCAGACAAAUCCGAUGCUUAGAUGAUGUUUUCAUAACUACCGUGCACAUGGAUGUGCAAAAAUGGCUAAACGCGCCGUCAGGCCAGUAGUCAGUGGUGUGACUUUGUAAUGGAAGAACACAUGCAUGCUCACAUACGCUUCCUUCCAUGGUGGUGAGGUUUAAUCAAACAAAAACAGCUAAUGCACAAACAUUUGAAUCAACAGACAGUGAGGGAGUGCUGCUGCUCAGAUUGAUGUUAAACUAUAAAGAGUAGAUUUGAAGAAAAUUUCAACUGGGAAGGGGCAGCACAAAUGAAACUCAAAAGUCCACCAUGGUUUUUGUACGUGGCCUAUUGCACGUGGCUAGUGACUGGAACCGAAGAAAGCAUGUGCAGAAAAUCUUUGUUUCUAGAGAGGUCUCUUUAUCACUAGUUUACAUGACAAUGAAAAUAAUGGCAUUUUUUUAAAAACUGUGCACUCUGAAACCUGUUUCCAAGAGUGUUCAGGCAUCCAAAACAUUGUUCUGUAAAUGUACAGCUAAAACACAACAGAGGGUGGAUGAAAUCAUUGUCUAACAAUAGCCGUAGAUGCCAAAUAUGUAAAUACAGGGCCUUGAUUUUAAAAUACCUGAGUCAUCCUUUGUACAGUAAGCUUUUUCCUUCCAAUAGCACACACUUGAAGUGCUGUGUGAGGAUGUUUACUGAGUCAUGGUGACAAAAUCUUCUUGGCAUUGCAUUUUUGGGAAAAAGCAGAGCAUGCUUUAAAGCUCUGGUGCUCUCCUUUUUUAUGUUUAAAAACUGUGGAGUUAAACCAUCAGCAGGCACAUGCUGUCAAAGGACGAUGCAAACUUAAAAUCCACUUGUGACGACAAGACAGCUGCUUCUCACCGAAAGCAGUUUGGAGGUGAGGAAACACAGCUGAGCUGUUAAUAAAAAAAGAGGACUGUAACACUAGAUAUCACUGACAUGCAGGCUUUAUGAUGCAUAUUUAAGCUGAAUAUCAGCCGAGGUAAAUGGACUCUUUCAAGGAUGAGACAGGAUAUGACAAAUUCAGCGUGGAGUUAUGGUGAGAAAAGCAGGCAGUGGGACAUUUCCAGUUGAAACCUUUCAAACAGUGGCAUGUUUCUAGGUCUUUAUUCUGAUUGUGGUGCUCGACGUUGAAUCCUGGAAACUACAGUGCAUCUUAUACUGUAUUUAAGGUGUCUCUGUUUGCAUCUAGAGGACUUUGCACUGUUUCAUAGACUUGGAUGGUUAAUGUCUAACAUCCUAUCUAGGGAGAGUGAUCUAAUUUGGGUUUUGUAUUUUUGUAAAUCAGUAACGCUUGAGCUUAUUGAUACUGCCCUCGAGCCUUGUGCAUCCUGCAGUGUGGUGUUAGAUCUUUAGUCAGGCCACAUUAUUUUAUUUAAAUCACUACGGCACAAAAAAUUCUCCUGCAAAGAUCUUCAAUACAGUGUAAUUGCCAGCCAAAUAAUUCAGAUUAAAUUGAAAUGCAGCAUCAUCGACUAUCAGCAUGAAACUCACCUAGUCUGCUUCUGCUGCAGGUCAGUCAUCCCUUUCUACUCAAAGCAAGAUCCCCCAAAUUCCCCCCCAAAAUGUUGAAAUAAGUGUCAGAGUAGGAAGGUAACAGCUACUCGGCUACAUAAACAAGUUACAUCAUGAUGUGUUCAAGGCUGACUCAGUAAAAAUGACUAUUGGGUAAAGGAAAAUAACAUGACAUCAUGAGUUGUUCAAAUGCAACUCCCAGAAAAGGCGGCUAGAUUUGGUAGUACUCUUAAUAAUGUUCAUUUAUAUAUAUAUUAAUAGCUGUAGUGAUUAAAUUAACUGGCCACAUUAGGAGAUGACAGACACAAGGAUAUUUUUAAACCAUUUCCAACAUUUUAAUCCUCUAAAUGCAGACACUAGUUUAGUGGCUCUCAACUGGUGGGUCUGGUCAAAAAGUAUAUGAAGCACCUUCUAAAUUAUACCGGAUUUUUUUUUUUGUGAAUUUACUGGAAAUCUUUGAGGAAUUCUUCCUGUAAACAUUUAUUGGAAAUGUAAAGUGUUUCCCCUAAAAGGUUUAUUGAAUUUCCCUCAAUUUUGGCAGGUUAGAAACUUCUAUUAAUAUUCCCUGGGACUCUGCCUAUAUAUCCAAAGAAAUUUCAAAAGGAACUAGAAACUUUUUAGAAUUUUUAACAGAAAGCAUGAGGGAAUAUUUGGGAACCUUGCUGGAAAUUUAGUAAUAUUGUAGUGGAAUGUGUCCCAGAAACUUUCAUGGCUCCUCUGUGAUUCUUUUCUGUGAACUCUGGGGUUUUUUUUGUCAACCUCUUCUUUUUCUUAUGUUGGAAAAUAGAAAUCAGCCAUUUGGGUAGUGAUUUUUCAGUAAGGGGUUGGUAAUGGUACCUGAGGCUAGACCAGUUGAGAGCUACUGCACCAGAUGAUCUCACAGAAACUUGCGUGAUCAAAUAUGACUUCAGAGGAAAAACAAACACGGAGGAUGGUGGAAAUCCUCAGCUGGCUGUCUUGGCAUGUGUCAUAAUUGCAGUAAAAAUAAAUAAACAAGGGGGGUAAUCCUGGGUGAUACUAAGGUAUAGUUGCAGUACGCAACAUCGGUCGGUGACUCUACCCAGUCAGCUUGCCCUUAGAGGUCAUUAAGGAUAUUAGGUCAGUGGCAGUCCAGCCUAAAACAGUUAACGCCAAAGUUUUAAUGUUAUGAUUUGAGGUCAGGGAGUCCCAAAUGCAACCCGCAAACCUGUAAACACAAACAUGAGCAUGAUUUGGACAAGUAAUCCUUUGCAAGGAGCCCUAAACCCGGACACACCCCCAUAAAUGUUGACAGGGAAAAAUCUGGCCUAAAAUCAGUCUAAAAGUCAUAUUGAUCAGUUCUAAAACAGUCUAGAGCUGAAAAUUAAUCAUAUUGACACCACAAACAUAAAUAUUACUUGGACAAAUUGGCGUUUACAAGAUUGGGAUUGGGAUACUUCCCAAUGAUUAUUAAAGGGCCUAAAAUUGUUCCAAAAUUCAUCUAGAGCAGCGAUUGUCAGCUGGUCCUGCAUCAGGACCCAUAGUCAACAAUUUUAUGAAAAAUCGCAAAGAAAAUUUCGUCCAUUUUCAAUCACAGUUAAAUGUUUGUAAUGAAAUAUCAGCCAGCGUGGACUUUGGAUGGAACAACAGAUCCGACACGACAAAGAGACAAAGACAUGUCCUUCAAAAUAAAAGCGCAUUGUAGAUGUUUGUUUGCUUUUCCUGACAGACAUCAUGACCCAAAUUUCUGAUCUCUGUCAAUCACUCUGAUUUGUUCAAUAAAAUAUGUUGCUGUUUGUUGUGACAGAACAAAGAGCCUGAAGAAAAUAAGACAUAUAAUACGAUUAAUAAAAAAAUUAAAAAACCUUGAAAGUAUUACUCAAGAUUCCUGAAAGUUUCUGGGGAAAUAUCCAAGAUAAAAUGCAUCAAACUUUUUGGAAAAUCACCCCAAAAUUCCCUAGCAUUUCCUUGGAAAAUUCCCCCCAAAAUAACCCUAAAGUUCCUUAACCUUUUAGGGAAAAUCACCUUAGUUUUCUUUAAAAUCAUAGAGAAAAUCUUUGAGUUUGGGUAAAUUCAUUCUAAAAAUUCUUGAAUUAUUCAGGGGUAGAAAUAUGUUAUUUCCUUUGUUGUCAAAAGUUUAAACAAUGGUAGACCCUUAACAAACUUGCAACCCACUGUGGGGUCCCAGCCCACCAGCUUAGAACCACUGGUCUAGCCAGCAUAAGGCUAACAAUCUCAUUAAAGCUGACAACCCCAUCCCUAAUCCCAGCUGAAACAUAAGAAGAUGUUAUGAAGAUCUCUGUGGACCAGCCUGCUCAUGUCGUCUGCCUCAACGUUGCCUGUUGGAUUCGCUGUGUGGUUAGACGGAUGUCAACAGAACAUUCUAGUUCUUGUUCUGUUUUCAGAGCUGGUUAAAUAGUUUUAUUUUACUACUGAAGGAUCAGCGCUCUUCCAGGCAUGCUGUGGUGUUGGAUUUUGGCCUUUUUGGUUCUGUAUUAACGAUGAUUGUCGAUGAGAGUGUAAAAAGUGCUGAGUAUGGAAAGUGAGAAGGUUGAAUAGAUGUAGAAUAUUCUUACUGAAACUAAAUGAGCAGUAAAUGAUGAGUGGAAUUUUUUUGAAAUGUAGUUCGAUAUGUUGGGAGUGUGAACAAGGUUUAGUCUGGCGUCCCGUUUCGGGGCUCGUGUGUUGAACCAAGUGUCCUUGAAACAAAGCAUUAAGAGGCAGAUGAGAGCGGUGGGUGUGCAGCAGGAGUGCAGUCGUGUCGAAUCCAUCUUUGGGGUGAAGAUGCUAAGCCUCUUAUUUUCCUUGUUGCCGAGUCUUCAACAUCAACUCAGCUUUUUUUUUUUUUUUUUUUUUUGAAUGUUUUCUGUCCUCAUGCUCCUGUCUUGGUUCCUUCUAGUUUGCAUACUUUGAUUCAUCCAGUUUAAACUGGUUUUAGGGGGAAAAAAAAUGCAUGAUGAUGGCCCGCAGCACACAGCCGUCUUACUGCUUCACUUCUCUUUCAUGAGGAGGAAUUGUGCCUGAUAGAUGUUAAAUUUAAAGCACAGAUAAAACAUCCACCUCACAUCUUCUGUUCACUUUUAAGGCUCAUUUUUGUUCCCUUAAAAAUAGAUCUGUAUGUUUCAAGAAAUAACCACCCUUCCCCAUAUAUGCACUAUCAUCUGUAAUGUGGGGGUGGAGGUUAAAGUUCCACUAGAGGGCGUAGUUUCACACGGAUCUCCACUUCUUCACUGCUGCGCCGUCUGAUCUCUACUCAGCUUUCUGUCUGUGUUCCAAAGCUAACAUCAUAUAUGAGAGAGAAGCAGCUGUGGAAAAAAGGGCCAACACAGAUGUUUCAAAGAGUAGUUCAGCUGGUACUGAUAGCGAUGUUUUUGACUAGACUUCUUUUUAAUUAACACUUCCACAGUGCCAACAUUAUCACUCCUGUUUGACCAUGAAAACAGAUCAGAAUUAGUUGUGAAAAUGUCUUCUCAAUUCAGCCGUUAAAUCUGCUAGAUGUCAACAUUAAUCUGAUUGGACAGCUGUAUUUUUCGCCAGUGGUUUUUCCAACAAGGCCGAUAUUGUCAUGAACGCUUUAUACUAUCUCUACAGACACAAUUGACAAACAGAGUAGUUAAGUUUUGAAUGGAUUUGAGAUGUUUUGGCUGCAAAUUUCCUGCAGUGUUCCUUGGCACGUUCAUGCAGUGUUGCUGUGACUUGUCUUAUUGAUAAGAACAAUCCAUGUAGAUACCCAAAUGCCGCAAGUCCCACCCCUUUAUCUUAACUUUCAAAUCAUCUAAAAUACAUGAGUGAAUGUCUGGAGAAUCUGUGUACAGGCAGGCGGACUACAGCUCCUGGAACACAGCACUGGACCCAUGUCUGACCACAUCACUCUGCUCUAGCUGAUGUCCAAAGACACAGAGCUUGUCUUUUACACUCCUUAGUCAUUUGAGGAUAACAACAUGCCACAAAUGAUUGCUUUUUUGGGCAAAACAGUAGUGUUUAAUUGCAUUCUUAAGGCUGUUUUCUAAUCCACCACCAUUCAGUCUCUGGGCAUGUGGUCACUCUGGAGAGCAGGAAGUGACGUUAGACCGCUGUAAUGUAUCAGCUGAUUGUAUACAGGUGUGGUUGCGACCCCUGCUGUCCGCAGCUUCUUGAGGACAGUAUCCAGAUGUUAGGCAGCAUAUAUGUACCACUCAUCUUGGUGUCACAGUACUGUUUCUUUAUCUCAAUGGCCUCCUUGAUCCAUCAGUGGUGCUUGUUGCUCUCUGAAUGAAUGACCUUUACAUUCCUCAGCCCAUGAUGUGAUGGAAAAGGCCAGGGUUAUUAGUUUUAACAGUAACAAGUGUCGCUGAUAGAUCAGGAAACAACUACUGGACUUUGAACCAGGAUGGAAGGGCUUAUAUGUUGCUCCACACCAGAGAUGCUGUCCUCAGGAAGCUGCCGGACAGCAGGGAGAGCAGACAGAAUGCCUAAACCUGUAUAUAAACUCCUGCUAAGACAUGUCACAGCAACAACAUGGGACUGUUCUGUGGCAGACUGCAGGAAGGUAGCAGUAAAGACAUGUAAAGUGGGCUUUAAAUGGGCUGCAGAUGGCCUGGCAGUUAGGUUGCAGCUCGGGUUCAAGUUCAGCAUGCAGCUCCUUUUCUCUCUAAUAUCUCUGUUUCAGACUUUAAGUCCUGUCUCUGCAGUUAAGACAUUAAACACCCGCACAUGAAUCUUUGAGGGGAAAAAGCAUGAAGAAAGGGUCAGUAUCAGUUGAUUCAAAUGCUAAACAGAGACAUUGUUGCAUCCCUUAUUAUGUAUCUAUAGUUCCUAACAACUUGCAAUGUAUUCUGCAAUAUUUCCUCUGUGUUACUGUUUUCCGAAGUAUUUUUCUUCUUUGUGUUGAGCUUGUCUGACUUAGACGCUACUCAACACAGCACCUGGUGGUAUUGCAGCACUAGGCCUGGAUUUGUAAGAAUAUGCAGAAAUACAGAUGAAAUGAAGGCCGAGGAAGGACCGAAAGCUCUGUCGGUAUCUUACACAUAUUAAAAGUAGAGCAUAAAUGAGCCUUAAGUCUACAGGAACUUGUAAAAACCUUGUAACCACAAAAAAUCUGGCUUUACUGGACUGAUUGCAGCAUCAUCAAGGCAGGGCAGCAAUUCUUGGGGAACCUGAGAAGCAUGUGAAGAUUUUAGUAGUAAGAAUUCACACUUACAGAGGGAAUUAAUCAUUAUAUCCAAGCUUUGGUUUGGACGUCUGUCUUCUGUAGCAGCCACUUUGGCAGACCAAGCCAAGUCUUGGAUUUUUAAACGUAUUCCUGUGCUGGAGAAGAGGCUGGAACGAUUUGCUACGAGGUUUCUAAUGUGCAUUUUCUUCCACGUGCGUCGGCUGUGUGCUCGAGCUAAUCUUUCAAAGUUUUCACCUCAGAUGCAAAAGAAAAACAAACUGUACUAUAACACAAUACAAGAUGUGGGACUUCAUGUCUCGCCAAAGUCUUCCUGCAACCAGAUGCAUUCUGGGUAAUCCCACUAAGAGAAAACAGGAGGCCAUGUGGAGAAGGGAAUGCUUCAUUUUCAGGCCUGCUCAGAGCUGCUUUUGAUUUGGAUGCUAAAUCUUCAGUUGCUAAAAUAUCUAUCUUUAUAAUUUUUUGGAUUUAUGUUGAAGGACAGAGAUGCACUUGGAUGGGUCAUUAUUAUUAUUUUUGUUCUGCUUUUUUUUCUCAUUCGUGGGAAUGCAAAAAGAGAAAAACAUGAACCAUAUCCACUUAUUUAUAAACCAAUGCUGUUUAUUCCAUUGGAUAUAUCUUUAAGUUUUCAUUUUUGGGAGAGGAAACGAGUAGAGAUGCAUCGCGGUCUCUAUGUACACGCAAAAUGUAAAAAAAAAAAAAAUUUCCAUCCAGUGUUUGAGAAACUUGAAUUUUAUUUAAACUUGAAAAAUGACUUUGCCUUAACUUUUAUACAAGACAAGCAUAGAGUUUAUUUCUUUUGAAAAAGAAAAAAAAUCCCCAAAAUGUUCAAGAAGAGCGACACGUGGGAUAUAUUUAGUCGUACCAGACGUCACAAGUCUUACUGAGAGAGAGAGAGAGAGAGAGAGAGUACAAAUCGUGCAGCGUUUUCUUUCUUUCCUGUUUUUUGUAAAAUGUACGAAGAAGAAUCGUUUUGAUUGUUCCUUUUGUUUCUUGUUUAAUAGUUUCAGGUCGGGGGAAAUUAUAAACCUUGUAAAUGCAAAACUAGUCAAUACUGUAUUAAAUUUGUGCACUUUGAAGUGUGUGCUUUGCUUGUACAGUUGUAAAUACUCAGAAGAAUAUAAGAGGUACCUUAAAAUGAUUAUUAAAAUAUAUUGAUCUCGUUGAAUUAUUAAUGUCGCUAUCGAGCUGGAUGUUGGAUAUAAAAAAAACUAAAUGUUGUGCUUUUUGGAAAUAUUUUUGUUUAACUUUUUUUAUUUUUAGUUUGGGUGUGCUGAGCUUGAAUUCUGCUGCUCUUUGCAGGGUGGGCAGGUUGUCUGAUUGUACAUUUUUUUCUUUUUAUUUGUGGUCUUUCAUUCCAUUUACCUGUGUGGUUGGCAGCACCUGGGUGUACAGGUGUGACCCAAGCCCCUCCCCCCGUUUACUGUGCACUAAUUGGAAAGCGCCUGUGGUACUGACGAGCAUCUUCAUCACUAGGGAUGCACCCAGACCCGCUUUUUUCCCCCAGACCAAGUUCAAGUACUUACAUUUGGGUACUCACUGAUAUCAAAUCCAGGUUUGAACACUUAAUAACACCACUGCAUCUCUGAUAAUUGUUUAGAGCUUGUUUUAUUUUCAUCAGAUGUUCCUUUUGAUGAUUGAUCAGUGCACUGUUUGCGGUCUGCUCUGCUUUUGUCAUCCUUAUUUAUGUUUAAACAUUAAUAAUGAGACGCUGACAUGCUGUAAAAUGACAUAUAGUGUGGUAUUGGCUUUGUGUCAUGAGUACCAGUACUUGGGCUUGGUAUUGGCCCCCAUACUGAUGCUGAUAUUGGUGUCGGUUCAUCCCUAUUUAUUACAAAGCUACAAGUCCACCAGCAUCCUCUUUAAAGCUCUGGCUUCUUUAUUCUGUCAUCUACUGCUGGAAAGAAUAUUGUUUAAAGAGUAAUGAAACCCCAGAGUUUCAGCUGAGGUGCGUCUACCUGAGCCUUAAACAAUAAUAAAUGCUCAUAAGGAAGGCUCAAUUUGGCAUAAUAUUGAACUGCUUUUUAAGAAAAACAUGGUUUAUUUGCAAUAUUGGUGAAAAGCACUACAUUACCCACAAUCCUUGCAUGCAGAAGCACGAUCUCUGAUUGGCUGAUCCCACCUUUACACACACAGUCUGUCCGGUUGUGCCUCUACUUGUGAUUUAAACUGUUGUUUUUCAAUAUAGGACAGUUUAAAUGGGGAAAUUACAAUUUUAUUCACAAACUCAGUCAACAGCACUACAUUACCCACAAUCCUAGUGUGUCAGAGUGACGUCCCUAAAUGGUAGAUCCCACCAUUAAGCACCAAACUGACUUGCACUAUCCAAUCCUGUCUCUAUUAGUAAAAUUAACAACCGUUUCCAACAAAAGACAGUUCAAAUGGGGGGAAAGAGAUUUCAUACACAAACUUAGUCAACAGCACUACAUUACCCACAAUCCUAGAGUGUCACGGUACCGUUUAGUUGGCUGAUCCCACCUUUGAGUACCAGACUUCCUUGCAUGAUCCAAUCCUGUCUCUACUAGUAAAAUUAACAACUGUUGCCAACAAAAGACAGUUCAAAUGGGGAAAAAGAGAUUUUAUCCACAAUCUUAGUCAACAGCACUACAUUACCCACAAUCCUAGUGUGUCAGAGUGACGUCCCUAAAUGGUAGAUCCCACCAUUAAGCACCAAACUGACUUGCACUAUCCAAUCCUGUCUCUAUUAGUAAAAUUAACAACCGUUUCCAACAAAAGACAGUUCAAAUGGGGGGAAAGAGAUUUCAUACACAAACUUAGUCAACAGCACUAGCACCAGCUCUGAUUGGCUGAUCCCACUUUGAAGAACCAAAUUUCCUUGCCUCUAUCAGUAAAGUUAAAAACCUUUAUCAACAAAAGACUGUUCAACUAGAGAAUUAAGAUUUUAUUCAUGUAAAAUGUAAAACAACUUUUCACUGUUUCCUUUGCCGUAGUUAAAUUCCUGUCUUGAUAAAACUCACCUCUCUUUCAAAAUAAAGCCUAUCCCGGAUGCUAUGGGGUGAGAGGUGGGGUACACCCUGGACUGGUCGCCAGCCAAUUGCAGGGCUGACAUAUAGGGAAAGACAACUGGGCACGCUCACACUCUCAGCCAACUUUUAGUCACCAAUAAACCUAAUGAGCAUGUCUUUGGUGGUGGGAGGAAACCAGAGUACCCAGGGAGAACCCAUGCAGACUCCAAACAGAAAGGCCCUGACUGGGUAGCGAACCAGGAACCUUCUUGCAGCCAACAACAUCAUAAUCUUUUAAUGCACAGAGUAGAUGAUUCAUCCAGAUGGUGAUGUUACAAGUAGUAGAAAUUCCACUGACAUGAGAUCUCACAGAAACACGUGACGUCUAAACAAAAAGAAAAGCAUGGAGAAUUGAAGUUCUCGUGUUUGCUCUGUUUUGCAGCAGCAGGACAGGGAAGAGUCAAUCAUAAAUAAGUCCAGAAAUGGAACAAUGAUUAGAAGCUAAAGAGUAAAUUCUGCAGGACUUUAGCUCUCAGUAUUAUGUCCAUAAACUGCGCCUUUCAAAGCCUGCUUAAGACGGACGCCUGGUGGACGCACUAGCUUUGCCUUCUUUAAAACCUGCUGUGCUUCAUGGCAAUCUGAUAUUUGACUCCUGUACUGAAGAUGGCACAAAAAAGCACAUUUGAAGCACAUUUCAGAGGGUUUUACAACUUAAACAGCAGCGACACUCGAUGUGGGAGGAAAUUUCAUGUAGCCGCCUGCUCGAUGACUGCAAAUGUAAAGGCUUGUGGAUUGUACGUUUUGGCACAUUUCUUUAAAGACUUGAUGGGAAAUAAAGUGUCUUAUUUGUUGUCAUUGCAGCAGGUUGGGCUCAAACUUCCCCGUCAGCGCUCGGUGUUGUCAUGUUUUCUGGUUUCUGUUCAAUAUUUUGUGUCUCAGCUUUCAUCACUCCCCUGUCUAAGGAAGUAAUGUCAGAUUAUUUUCUUUUAUUUGUUUUUGGGGAGUUGGGGGCAGACGCAGAGGCUCAACUGGAAUCCACGUUUCAGAGCGGGUGUUCCUGCACUGAGUCCAGUAACACAAAAACCAUUUGAUCACAUGUGGACUGCAUUUUAAUGUUGCAAAGAAAACCAAUACCUGUGCCAUUAUUCAGUUGUUUGUUUUGGUCUUUAGCGGGCGGUGUAACCUGUACAUAGCUGAGCGCUUGCCAUCUCGGCUUGUUUUUCUUUUACGAUGUGAUUUUUUUGUUUUUUAAAGUCCAUCAGGAGAAUCUUCAAUGUGACACCACUGACUGUAGGAGCGGUUUAUCGUGCAUCGUAACUCUGCGGUCGAUCCCUGCCGAGGUCGCGGCAUGUUUCGACCUCUGAACAUUUGAGACGCUGGCGACAAACUGGGCAUCCCCGAACUGUGAAUGUGUGCAUGUGUGGAAUAAUUCAAACAUACCACCCUGAAAAAACCCACGACUGAUGCUAAGGUGACUCUUUACUGAAGCGCGGUACCUCAGACUGCACGGUAUCGCGCAAGAAGGGAUCUCCCGCGAGUUCUGCUCUGCACGCCUCUCCUGUAUCAUGAAACGCUUCUCCUGUGGCGUUUUGAGAAGCUCCUUUUUCUCACGGACUUCCACAUGGAGCCUCAUAUCAGCCUGUCGGUCGCCUCAGCUCUCCAUCUCCUUCCUGUUCACCCACUUUGACAGUGCCAUUUUCUUUUGUUUUCCUCAAGGGUCAUCUUAAAUCGACCACCCUUGUGUUUUGUUUCAAAGCUAAAACAACGAAUGCACACCAACUGACUGGAACAAGACUGGACGUCUUUAUCAACUCACUGUGGUUUAACUCAUUAACACUCGUACCGUGCUACGCUAACCGCUGUGGACAAUCGAUGACCCCGUGGUGUUGGGGUUGGGACAGAGAACUUUGCCUAACGACACCUUUAACACGUGGGAUGGAGGUUGCGCUCAAGAGGGCUUCUUUUGUUUCUGUUUUCAUCUUGAUUUUUCAGUUUGUUUUUCUUUCUUUUGGUCUAUUCUUCCAUCGAGACUGGAAUCAAGCGUACAUGUCAGCUAUAGAUAAUUUAAGUUACUCUGUGUCAUGAUGUAAAACUGUCUAAUUUGGAGAAAAAAAUGUAGCUUACUGAAAAAUAAAGAUUUAGGCACUGUUGAGAAGCCA